AUGGAGAGCUGGGUCAGAGAAUGUGGACCGGAGACCAGUUCCCAGGCGGUGGCCCUGGCAGAAGGAUUCCUCCAGAUCCAGGCAGAGAACGUGAAGCCGGAAGAGCAGGAGCCGAUGGAAGGAGCAGAGCAGGGUCCGGCAGACCCUUGGCAGAGAUUAUUCUCUUGGGAGAUCAAGCAGGAGAGUGAUGAAGAUGCCACCUUUCUGGGGCCCAGAAGGAUGUUGGAUGAAUAUUCUGGGAAUUCCAUUCAGUAUGAUGGAGCAGACACACCAUCUGUGCAGACAGAUCAGGGGCUGGUGACUUUUGAGGAUGUGUCUGUGGAUUUCUCUGAGAAGGAGUGGGCUCUGCUGGAUCCGAGCCAAAGGGCUCUGCAUGGGGAAGUCAUGGAGGAGAAUUAUAGGAAUCUGGCCUCUCUCGAGAAGGAGAACAGGAACAGUGAAGAACAGCAAAGAGGGGAAAGUGAAGCACAACAGAACUGGAAGAAGGAAUCCACUAGUUCUGAAGGUGCUGACUGCCAUGAAAUCACGAUGCAAGAAGCAAGUCACAAAGGAAAGAAAAGGAUUACAUUCUCUGUGUGUGCAAACUUCUUAGCUGGCACAUCAGAUCUUAGCACACAACAGAGAAUGUCAGAUGUGGAGGAAUUGUUACAACAGUCAAAGGGUACAAAGAAUGUCCACCUGAGCAAAAAUGAUAUUUUACACAAAAGAUGGCAUAUAGAGGAGAAGCCGCACAAGUGCUCAGAGUGUGGAAAGAGAUUCAGGCAGAAUGUCCACCUUAUUGCACAUAAAAGAGGACACAGUGGUGAAAAACCAUAUGAGUGCUUGGAGUGUGGAAAGUGCUUUAGUCAGAGAGCAAUUCUUACUUCCCAUCAAAGAAUCCACACAGGGGAGAAACCAUAUAACUGCUCUGAAUGUGGAAAGAACUUCAGGGAGAGUGGAAAACUUAUUUGCCAUCAAAGAAUCCACUCAGGAGAGAAACCAUAUCAGUGCUCAGAGUGUGGAAAGAGCUUCUCUCAGAGUGGAAAUCUUGCCUCUCAUCAAAAAAUCCACACAAGGGAGAAACUGUACAAAUGCCCUGAGUGUGGGAAAAACUUCAGUCACAGCUCGGGUCUUACUUACCAUCAGAGAAUCCACACAGGAGAGAAACCAUAUAAAUGCUCUGAGUGUGGAAAUAGUUUUAGUCGGAGCACAAGCCUUACUUAUCAUCAAAGAAUUCACACAGGGGAAAAACCAUAUAAAUGCUCUGAAUGUGGAAAGAGCUUCCGUCGCAGUUCAGGUCUUUCUUCCCAUCAAAGAAUCCAUACUGGAGAGAAACCCUAUCAAUGCUCUGAGUGUGGAAAAAGCUUCAGUCUUAACUCCGGACUUACUUCCCAUCUAAAAAUCCACACAGGAGAGAAACCAUAUAAAUGCACACAGUGUGAGAAGAGGUUCAGUCACAGCUCUGGACUUAUUUCCCAUCAAAGAAUCCACACAGGGAAGAAUCCAUACAUCUGCUCUGAGUGUGGGAAGAACUUUAGUAAGAGCACAGUGCUCAAUAUACAUCAAAGAAUUCACACUGGAGAGAAACCAUAUCAAUGCUCAGAGUGUGGAAAAAGCUUUACACAGAGUGGAAAUCUUGCCUCUCAUCAAAAAAUCCACACAAAGGGUGUGGUGACCUUUGAGGUGUCUGUUCAUUUCACUGAGAAGGAGUGGGCUCUACUGGAUCUGGCCCAAAAAAGGCUUCACAAGGAAAUCAUGGAAGACAAUUAUCAGAACGUGGCCUCUCUGGGCCACUAUCUGUAUCAGCAGAUGGAUCUUUCUAGAUCCAAGCAGUAG